AAUUCAGCCACAAAAAGUUUUCAGGAAUCACAUCCAGAAUGUAACUCUAGAGUUCCUGCAAUUUUGACAGCUCUGGAAAGGAUGAAACUGACUUCUAAGUUUCGAGGCUCAGAUAUUGUUGAAGUGCAGACUUUCAGACCCGCUACAAUAGAUGACAUAGCGAGUGUUCAUGCUGGGGCAUAUAUCUCAGGGCUUGAGAAGGCUAUGGAUCGGGCUUCAGAGAAAGGUCUAAUUUUCAUCGAAGGAUCUGGACCAACAUAUGCUACUGCCACAACAUUCCAGGAGUCAUUAUUUGCAGCUGGAGCUGGAAUUUCGUUGGUUGAUUCAGUGGUUGCAGCAUCAAAAGUUAGCAAGGAUCCUCCUGUCGGUUUUGCGCUAAUUCGGCCUCCUGGUCACCAUGCUGUUCCAAAGGGGCCCAUGGGCUUUUGUGUCUUUGGAAAUAUUGCUAUUGCUGCUCGUUAUGCUCAACGAAUGCAUGGAUUGAAGCGUGUUUUUAUCAUAGAUUUUGAUGUUCAUCAUGGAAAUGGAACCAAUGACGCCUUCUAUGAGGACCCCGAUAUUUUUUUCCUUUCAACUCACCAAGCUGGUAGUUAUCCUGGGACUGGCAAGAUAGAUCAAAUUGGUUGUGGAAGUGGUGAAGGAUCAACACUGAAUCUCCCUCUACCCGGAGGAUCAGGUGAUACAGCAAUGCGAAAGGUGUUUGAUGAAGUUAUUGUACCAUGUGCUCAAAGGUUCAAGCCAGAUAUAAUCCUUGUUUCAGCUGGGUAUGAUGCCCAUGUGUUGGAUCCACUUGCCAGCCUGCAGUUCACAACAGGAACAUAUUACAUGCUAGCCUCUAACAUUAAGCAACUUGCCAAAGAUUUAUGCGGAGGGCGUUGUGUGUUUUUCUUAGAAGGGGGUUAUAAUCUCAGUUCUCUGUCAAAUUCAGUUGCGGACUCGUUUCGUGCCUUUCUUGGGGAGCAGAGCCUGGCUGCAGAGCUAGAUGAUCCAGCCUAUUUGCACGAAGAACCAUUGAACAAGGUGAAGCAGGCAAUAGAAAAGGUGAAGCACAUACAUUCCUUUUGAAAGCUUAUAGUGACAGUUUUCUAGAAUUAGUACACAGCUUUGUAUAGGGUACCAGGAACUUUCUAAAUUUAAUAUACGUCAUUAUAUUAAACACCAUUUUUCCUGGUGUCAUACUUUACGGAGAAAAGCAGUUUGUACAUUAUUUUUAUUAUUUUUCUUAAUUGUUAAGAACAAGAUGAGGCAAUAAAAGUUGCUACUUUUCUUUUUUUUC